UUCAAAUUCUUCUUCAUCUUCAUCUUCUUUACUAAUCCGUCGAGCAUUGGAAAGGUUCUUUUGAUUUUUGAUCAAAUUCUCUGUUCAUAUGGGAGACAACGAGAACUGGAGAUGCGAGCUCGAUAUCGCUGGGCUUAGUCUGAUUGAUGAGGACGAUAGCCUCCUCCUCUCCUCGUUUCCCGAUCCCACCAGCUUUGAAUUUUCAGACACUGAGAAAGAAGACAGAGGUCUUAGUUUAUUUGGGGAUACACAUAAUUGUGACGAAGAGAUACUGGUCUCUACUACUUUACAAGGGAAGGAAGAUGAAUUUCUUCAAUCUCACGAAUCGCCUGAACCUCUGAAGAUGAUGAAGUAUAACCUGCGCAAAAGUCUUGCCUGGGACAAAGCCUUUUUCACCAACGCAGGCGUUCUGGAACCUGAUGAACUGUCCAACAUGAUUGAAAGCAACCAUAUGUGUAAAAGGAAAACCUUACCAAUCAUUCAAGAGGAUGUGAAUAGAUCAACAGAGUCCAUAUCUACAUUGCAAAGUGAUUGCACUGUGGAGACCAGUCAGGAUUUUGUUUCGUUUGAAGAUGUAAGAGCGUCAAUCCAAAGGUCUGCUAUAUCAUCUAAUGCUGCAACACCUGACAAGAGUAAGGAUUUGGGAGAAAGAGAGGCAGCACCUAGCCCAACUCUAAGUACGCUAGACGACUCUGGCUCUCAGGAAAAGAUGAAACCCAAUGUUAUUCGUAAAAGGCCAAGUAUCAGGGCACAGGGAUUGGGGAAGGUGACAAAGCAGCCUGUUGCUGCAAAAGAACACAAUACAUCCAUUUCCAGGUCACCCAUUGGACUCAGCAAAAGCGUAAGAGCUUCGGUAGAUGUUAACAAAACCAAACAAGAAAAGAAUCCCAAAUCAACUGGUGAGGGUAAAGAGCCUUUGGCUCCCAGAGUUCCAAUUUCAAGGAGGCUACGACCCAUUGUAUCAAAACCUGUAGUGCCUUUCAAAUCUGCUUUACGUUCUUCUUCGGUUGCCUCCAAGAAUGAAUUGACAUCUUCUUGCUCUUCACUUGAGAGCUGUGUCAGUGUUUCGUCAAGCGCUUCUAUCAAGUCUUCUCUUGAUUCCGUAAAGCAGAAGAAAUCUCAGAGUUUAAGAAUAGCUUCCCAUUCUUUGGCAAAUAGAUCCACCACAUCCAAAGCUGCAUCUAGAACUAUAGGCCAGCAUAGAGUUCCACCCCUCUCUGCCAGUAGGACGUACAAGUCUAAGCUUUCCUCCAAUGUAUCACUUCUUAGUUCUUCCGUUGACUGGUCAUCAGAAUCACCGCGAGCUUCUACACCUAAUAAAAUUGCUAAAGGUAACAAGAAAACUGUCCCUGGUGAAAGCGGUCCUAAAAUUGUUGACACAACACAGACUUUGAAGCCAGAAUUGCUGAACAACUCGAAAGAUGUAUCUGCUGUCCAAGAUGAUCUUAAGCCGGAUCAACAUGGCGCUAAACGUGGUUCACUUGUCAAUGGCGGUGCGGUGCGUUCAGCUUCCAUGACGAAGCCAACAGGACUGCGUGUGCCAUCACCAAAAAUCGGCUACUUUGACGGUGCGAGGAGCAGCGUUGCACGAACACCCACAGGUUCCUUUACUGGUCCGAUAAGUGGCUUGCCAAAACAUGGUGCUCGUAGCCCAAUUGAAUUAACAUCUACUAGUAGGACCAAGUCCCAACCAGCAAGGUCUCCUCUUACACAAGAAUCCACUAGUUCUAAAGCAAAGGCCAGUCCUGUUUCCAGGAGUUCCAGGCUGAUUGUAUCAGCUUCUGCGUCUUCUCCAAAGCUUACCAACAAAAUGUAUUCAAAAGUCAGUGCAGAGGAACAACUCAACGACAAUGCGGAGGAAGAUAAUCUAGCAUAGUAGUGACGCCAAAUCACCUGCGACUUCUUAUAUUACCUAAGCUAUUAGGUUAAGAACAGAUCGACAAGUGCUGUGUCAUGUAUAGCUUUGAUUUGCACUUGCUAAAUUAUGUUAUAUCAUUAUGUUGUUGUCUUAUGAUUAUGCUUCUGUGUAAACAACAAAGUUCAGCUUCAUAAAUGUUUAUCACAGUUUGGGCUUAGUUAAUAGAAAAAGAAACAAAA